CGCCACUUCCUUUCCGUGCUCGCGCUCGUCGGAGGAGGCAGGCGCAGCAUCGACAUGCAGAACGACGCCGGCGAGUUUGUGGACCUAUACGUGCCGCGGAAAUGCUCCGCGAGCAACCGCAUCAUUGGAGCCAAGGACCACGCGUCCAUCCAGAUGAACGUGGCCGAGGUUGACAAGGUGACCGGCAGGUUUAACGGACAGUUUAAAACCUACGCCAUCUGUGGCGCCAUUCGCAGGAUGGGCGAGUCAGAUGAUUCUAUUCUGCGACUAGCAAAGGCUGAUGGCAUUGUCUCAAAGAACUUCUGACCUGAGGAAAUUGUGGAUGGGGAUAUUCGUGGAGUGUUUGUAAUAAAUAAACAAUGAGAAGCUGUGUCAGUUCUUGA